AGCGAUCAGUCUUCGCGGAUACAACUAGGAAGGACUACGAAUCCCAGAGGACAGAGCGCGACUCGAGAACACAGGAGGAGGAGCCCGAGCCGUCCAGCCACGGAGCCAGGGACCUUAGCAUUUGGCGGAGGUGGCCAUGGGGAAGCGAUACUUCUGUGAUUACUGUGACCGGUCCUUCCAGGACAACCUCCACAACCGAAAGAAGCACCUAAAUGGGCUGCAGCAUCUCAAGGCCAAGAAGGUGUGGUACGACAUGUUCCGAGAUGCAGCUGCCAUCUUGCUGGAUGAACAGAACAAGAGACCCUGCAGGAAGUUUCUGCUGACAGGCCAGUGCGACUUUGGCUCCAACUGCAGAUUUUCCCACAUGUCAGAACGAGAUCUGCAGGAACUGAGCAUCCAGGUGGAGGAGGAGAGGCGGGCCAGAGAAUGGCCACUGGAGACGGCUGAGCUUCCUGAGGGCCACCUGGAAGACUGGCUGGAGAAGAGAGCUAAGAGGCUGAGCUCAGCCCCAAGUAGCAGGACUGAACCCAUCAGAACCACUGUCUUCCAGUACCCCGUGGGCUGGCCACCAAUGCAGGAGCUGCCCCCCUCCCUGCGGGCACCCCCUCCUGGAGGAUGGUCCCUGCAGCCCAGGGUCCAGUGGGGCUGAGCUCUUCCCCACCUCCCUGCCUGACUUCUAGGAAGCAAAGCUGCUUUGGUGCUGUUUUCCCCAGAGCCUCUGAGACUAUGAGCUUGGCCUCUCUAUCCACCCACCAUCCCUCGGGGCAUAUUUGAGAAGAUGGGUGAGAAGCAUCCAGAUGUUUAUAAAGUCUGUCCUCAAUGGUU